AUGUCAAGAAACUUCAUAAUAAAAGAAGGGGUAAAGAAAUUGAGGCAUUUGAGAAAGGAGUACUCUAGGUUCCCUAUACUUGAAGGGCACCCAAUUGCACAACAACAUGGAAAAGAAGCAGUGGAAUCUGUUGGAAUUUUCAAGAAAUUAAGUGAUAAAGAUAAGAAGAUGAAGGAAUUUAGGAUUUAUAGGUGGAACCCUGAUAAACCUAACCAAAAACCCUUUCUUCAAUCCUUCUUUGUUCAUCUUCCUUCAUGUGGCCCCAUGGUUCUGGAUGCAUUGCAAAAGAUAAAGGGGGAGGAAGAUUCGAGUUUGAGUUACAGAAGGUCGUGUAGAGAAGGAAUAUGUGGAUCAUGCUCAAUGAACAUAAAUGGUGUUAACACCGUAGCAUGUCUCAAGCCUAUAGAUACAGACACUAGCAAGCCAACUACCAUCAUUCCUCUUCCUCACAUGUUUGUUAUCAAAGAUUUGGUGGUUGAUCUCACUAAUUUCUACCAGCAGUACAAGUCUAUAGAGCCAUGGUUGAAGAAACGAAAACCACCCCCAGAUGGGAGAGAAUACAGGCAAACACCAGAGGAUAGGAAGAAGCUUGAUGGCAUAUAUGAAUGUAUAUUAUGUGCUUGUUGCAGCACUUCUUGUCCUUCUUACUGGUGGAAUCCCGAGGAGUUCCUUGGGCCUGCAGCCUUGCUCCAUGCCUAUCGAUGGAUCUCGGACAGUCGAGAUGAAUUUGCAAAUGAGAGAUUGCAGGCAAUAACAGAGGACCAAGGGCGUUUGUACCGGUGCAGGACUAUAAAAAAUUGCACAGCAUGUUGCCCGAAGAGCCUUAAUCCUGCUAAUGCCAUAAACAAGAUGAAGACUAUUCACUUAACUGAGAUGCCAAUCGAGGAUCUUGAAGCUGAGCCCGAGCCUCGUUUUGGGCAAGCCUAA